CUCCUCUCUGUUUGUUUCCCCCCUACACAGCCUCUUGAUUCCCACAAUGCUCAGCGAACAUCACCACCAAGAUGGCCGACGCUAUGGAGGAAUAUGAGAAAGAAGCUGGCUGCGUCCCUAUUCUCCAUCCCGAGGAAAUCAAACCCCAGAGUCAUUACAACCACGGCUACAGUGAGAAUGUCAGCCGUAAGAACCAUGUGGACGACUACAGCACCUGGGACAUCGUCAAAGCCACGCAGUAUGGCAUCUUCGAGCGCUGCAGGGAGUUGGUGGAGGCGGGCUUCGACGUUCGGCAGCCAGACAAAGAAAAUGUAACCCUCCUCCACUGGGCCGCCAUCAACAACAGGAUAGACUUGGUCAAGUAUUACAUAUCAAAGGGAGCCAUAGUUGACCAGCUGGGAGGAGACCUGAAUUCCACACCUCUGCACUGGGCCACCAGACAAGGUCAUCUAUCCAUGGUGGUGCAGCUCAUGAAAUAUGGCGCAGACCCAUCUUUGAUCGACGGCGAGGGCUGCAGCUGCGUCCAUCUGGCCGCCCAGUUCGGCCACACAUCCAUUGUGGCCUACCUUAUUGCCAAAGGACAGGACGUGGAUAUGAUGGAUCAGAACGGCAUGACUCCUCUAAUGUGGGCGGCUUACAGGACACACAGUGUGGAUCCCACCCGGCUUCUACUGACCUUCAAUGUCUCCGUCAACCUUGGCGACAAAUAUCACAAGAACACAGCGCUGCACUGGGCAGUGCUGGCUGGCAACACCACUGUCAUCAGCCUGCUGCUGGACGCCAACGCUAAUGUUGAUGCACAGAACAUCAAGGGGGAGACGCCGUUAGAUCUUGCCAAGCAAAGGAAGAACGUUUGGAUGAUCAAUCACUUACAGGAAGCACGGCAGGCCAAAGGCUAUGACAGCCCGUCCUACCUGAAGAGACUGAAGAUGGACAAGGAGUUCAGGCAGAAGGUGAUGCUGGGAACGCCCUUCGUGGUCAUCUGGCUAGUUGGUUUCAUCGCUGACCUGGAUAUCGACUCGUGGCUGAUCAAAGGCAUCAUGUACGCUGGCGUCUGGGUCGCCGUGCAGUUCCUCUCCAAGGCUUUCUUCGACCACUCCAUGCACAGUGCUCUCCCUCUGGGAAUCUACCUGGCCACCAAGUUCUGGAUGUACACCACCUGGUUCUACUGGUUCUGGAAUGAUCUGCCUUUUGCCACUGUCCAUGUGCCCUUCCUGAUAAACACCCUGGCUUUGUUCUACAACUUUGGGAAAUCUUGGAAGUCUGACCCAGGAAUCAUAAAAGCAUCAGAGGAGCAGAAGAAAAAGACGAUUGUGGAACUGGCAGAGACAGGCAGCCUGGAUCUGAGCAUAUUCUGCAGCACCUGCUUGAUACGGAAGCCCAUCAGGUCCAAACACUGCGCCGUCUGCAACCGCUGCAUCGCCAAGUUCGACCACCACUGUCCCUGGGUGGGGAACUGCGUGGGAAGUGGGAAUCACCGUUACUUCAUGGGUUACCUGUUCUUCCUGCUCUGCAUGAUCUGCUGGAUGAUGUACGGCUGCAUCUCCUACUGGAGGAUCCACUGUGCCACCAGUUACGCCAAGGAUGGUUUCUGGCUCUAUCUGACCCAGAUCGCCUCCUGCUCCCCCUGGAUGUUCUGGAUGUUCCUCAACAGCGUCUUUCACUUCAUGUGGGUCGCCGUACUCAUCAUGUGUCAGCUCUACCAGAUCGCCGCUCUAGGAAUCACCACCAACGAGAGGAUGAACGCUCGGAGAUACAAGCACUUUAAAGUCACAGCCACGUCCAUCGAAAGCCCAUUCAACCACGGCUGCAUCCGAAACCUCAUAGAUUUCUUCGAGAUCCGCUGCUGCGGUCUGAUCCGGCCCGUGGCGGUGGACUGGACCACGCAGUACACAAUAGAGUACGACCAGACGUCUGGCUCGGGCUACCAGCUGGUGUAGGGGAGGAAGAGGAGGAGAAUGAAGAGGAAAGGGGCAGGGGGGGAGCAGAGGGGGAGGAGUCGAGUGUCACUGGGUGGAAGAAAAAGCUAAGAAGGAGUUACCUCCCUCCCCCCCACCCUCUGGCGUUCAUAUCGGAGUGAUGCUGUUCUCGGGAGCGCUUGCUUUUUUGGACCAUCUCUCCCUCACCGAUCAAAAGACUUGGGGGGGAAAAAAAAAAAUCAGCCAGGACUAGCAUGCUGUUACAGGGCAACACCACAGCUACACCCCCCCCCCCCCCUCUCUGCCCUCACCACCACCUUUACUAUUACUACUACUACUACUACUACUACUAUCCUACAACAUCAGACUUCAUUACUGUACCUUCACUGCUAUCCAACCCCUCCACCUUGUCUCCUCUCCCGAGCCCUUUGGACGGUGCGUUGCUGCCAGGCACGGAGGGAGAGGAGAGAGGCCGACGGUACGCGAGGAAUUUCAAAAUAAAAGCUCUUCUGUUUGUACCGGAGACGUGACGUUGCAGAGACAGCAACAACAUGAAGAGGCAGUAUCGUUCUUUUCCCCUCCUACUUUAUACCCUUAUUUAUGGUGUCCCUGUUGAUGUGCCCUGUAUGUAAUUUUUUUUUUGUUUGUUUUUGAUUGGUCCAGGAACUCUGCUCUUCCUGUCAUAAUUAACUGUGGUGGUCAUGGAAGCUAAAUGGAAGUUGUUGUUGUUGUUGUUUUCUAAGUAUGAUAGAGAUAAGGGAAUGUCCUUUUAAUGUCUUGAUUUUGCACCAUGAUUUAGGAAUUUAGCGAGGAGUUGAUGAGGAUUUGCCAACAUUGUUGAACUUAUCAGAGGAAAGUGUUGGGUUACAGGUUAGAGCUGCUGGAGGAGUCCCACUUCCCACCUGCUGAGAAAAAGUUGCAUCUGCUGAAGACAAAAUUUUAGGAGAUAUGGGAGUUUUUUUUUUUUUUUCUUUUUUGCUAAGAAAUAAUCUGAAAACAGUUGUCAUGCAGGAUUGAAGCAGGUUUAAAUGUGGGAAUUGGCACUUCUUCAGAUGCGAAUCACUGUAAACGUGACGGAAGAGAUCCUACAGACAAUGUGAUACAAGUAUAUUUAUUUUAAAACUAUUUAUAGAUAAAGUAACUAUCAUCUAGCUCCAUCAUUUUUUACAUUUCACAUCAUUUUAGCUGAGUAGGUUUUUAUGAGAAAAAAUAUUAAAGAAGUACCUGUAGCUGUUGAACAUGGAAGCCCGAGAACUUUACCAGUAAAAACUCUAUAGGCAGGUACAGCAAGUGUAUUUAUUAACAGCAGAGAUGAGUAUAAGAAGGAGAGAACGCCACAGAAGGACAGACGAGUUUACGUGAAAGGUUCAUUCCAUGUGUGUUUUUCUCAAGAAGCUGUAAAGUCUUAUUUGUUUUGUUUGUCUUUUGUCUGCCUACAACAUUGCACUGAUCCUUUUUUCUAGUAGUUGUUUUUUUUUUUUUUUUUUGGUUGCUUUGGCCGUUACUGAACAGAAGGGCCCAGCAGCGGCGCUUCACACCGACGCUUCUGUUGUUUACAGUGAGGAAGACGACGGUCCCCACCCCCAUCAGACAUGGCCGCCUUCCAUCACUUCCUGUCUGGACCCCCACGCAGUCAGCUCCACAGCAGCAGCAGCAGCAGCAGCAGGAUGGACAGAAGUGUAAAGAAUGUGCAUCUGUACAUAAACAAUAUCUUUCUCUGUAACUAUUUUUUUCUUUUCGUCAGUGUUAGUUGAAGGUGCUCCUGGAUUUUUUUAAUUUUUUUUUUCCUUUUUAUUUUUUUAUUUUUUAUUUUAUUUUGAGUUUGGGGGAUUUCUUCCAACCAGACGGAAAGAAGAAAAUCAAGUGACUAUACUCCAAGUGUAUGACUGUAGCUUUUAGUGAUGUCUGACACUGCUGUCUAUAGGCAUUUUAGCCCUAAAAUACCCCUGAACUUCCCCCUGCCAAGAAACUCCACUGCAUGUACGAUGCUUGGGACAGCUGGGCUCUCGCCGCUGCCCUCACCCCUCCCCCUUCUCCCCUUAUGCUGUGUCAAUCCCACCCCGUCGUCAUCACCAUGGUGACAGCCCGGCAAGCCACGUGUCUGUAUAUAGUGAAUGUUAAGUAUUUGCAAGUACUUUUCUGCAUUAUGUUCAUUUGUCUGUUUGUUUGUUUUUUUUUUUAAUUACUUUGUUUCUCUCAAAUCCAGUGUGUUUAGUGGAAGUUGUCUUUCAGGUUGCCAGAUUUCCAGUCGGACCCUCCUGUGCAAGUGUGUAAUAUAUUUGAAUGUUCCAUGCUUGUGGACUCUGUAGUCAUCCUAAAGGGUUGGGUUUUUUUUUUUUUUCUUUCUUUUUUAAAUUUCUGUCAUAUAUCGCUGGGUUUGUUAUACCACUGGAUGUACAAAUUGUAAAGCAAAGACACUAGAGAACUAAGGCAGACGCCAAUUUUUUUUUGUUUUGUUUUCUAAAAGCUGAAAUGUGAUCAUGCAAUAGUUUUAAGGAUAGAGGGAGGUUAUAUUAUAUUAAGGCCUCCGAAACUUUUGGGCCUCAUGUUUGCAUCAUCAGAAGGGAACAGUUAUGUCAUCAUUCUACAUUCACAUAACCCAUCUUGCUAACCACUGAUGUCUCUGCUGCCCUACAAAGACGACACACAGCAGCUAUGUUUUGUGAGCUUUCGAGGUCAAACAUUGUAACUUGGCUGUUAGAUUUCAUAUCAGCAAAACAUGCUACCAGGAACUAGCCACUGGUGUUCUCAUAAUGCCUUUUCAGUGACAGGAUGUACAUGUGGAUUUGUGUUUUUAAGGCAGAGGUCAGCACCCGUAUCCCAGCUCAUCCAGGACAUGAACUCAAAGCCAUUUCAGUCCUCACUAGUUCUUCCAGCAGCCUAAAAAGUCUCUGUUCUGUCUCCUCUCUCACCUCAUCAUGUGGGAUAACAAAAGAAAAAAAAAAAGAUAAAGCACAUAAUCAUCUCCAGUGCCUCUCUGCCCACCUCCAGACAUCACUGUAACUCCGCUUCAGAUGUAAACAUAUGGGCAUGGUUCAGUUUUAAUGGCUUUAAUAAUAAAAUACAGUCAAAUGUGAAA